AGCCUUCUCUGUGAAGGUUCUUCCAUGACUUUUGGCUCCUGCGGUUACGUUCGAACGUUACUAGUAUGGUCCAUACCGUGUGUUGCGGGACUCGACAACGGUUUAGGCCUGACACCACCCAUGGGUUGGCUAAGUUGGGAGAGAUAUGGAUGCUUUGUCAAUGAGGAUCUUUAUAAGCGUAUGGCCGAUGCGUUGGUCGAGUUUGGAUACAAGGAUGUGGGAUAUGAGUAUGUGAAUGUUGAUGAUUGUUGGGCCUUGAAACAUCGUGGACCUGAUGGUAGAAUGGUGCCUGAUCCUGACAGAUUCCCGAGCGGUAUCAAGGGCUUGGCGGAUUACGUCCAUUCGAAAGGCCUCAAGUUCGGCUUGUAUACUGUAUUCAGGACAUCGGUACAAUGACAUGCGCCCAGUACCCUGGCAGCGAGGGUCACUUCGAUAUCGAUGCACAGACGUUCGCUGAAUGGGGUGUUGACUCUAUUAAAGUCGAUGGUUGCUACGCCGACUAUAAGACCUUCGAUGUGACAUAUCCAGCUUUCGGAAGAGCCCUGAAUAAGACUGGCCGCCCUAUGCUAUAUGAAUGCAGCGCACCCCUCUUUACACCUGGUCAUCUUGUUAAUAGCAGUAAGCUGCUCACGGUCCUCGCGCCUAAUUGCAAUUAUUGGCGCAUGUUUGAUGAUAUCAAGGACAAUUGGGGCUCACUGCGACGCACAGUAGAUAUCUUCGCCACAUCAGGCCCUGAUUCCUUCAUGGUACGUGCCAGCGGCCCCGGUCACUUCAACGAUGCUGACAUGAUUCUCGUGGGAAUGUCCGAUGAUAGCAUCCCUAGAUACCAAGCUCAAAUGGCUCUCUGGUCUAUAUUCUCUAGUCCACUGUUGAUGAGCAAUGAUUUGUAUAACAUGCCGCCAGGGACGAAGGAAAUCUUGCAGAACAAGGAGAUCAUUGCAGUCAGCCAAGAUCCUCUGGGGAAGAUGGGGUAUCCUAUCUAUACUAAUACUUCCCAAGUCCGCGUGUGGAUCAAGGAACUCUCACCGAAUGGAUGCAAGGCUAGAUGGGCGGUUGUGCUGCAAAACUUCCUCACUGUGGACACCAUUCUUAAGGUUGAUCCUUCGAAAAUUCCGGGCUGGAAUUUACAUACCAGGUUCAGGAUACGCAACCUAUUCGCGCAUACGGAUGUGGGUCGGGUGCACUGUGGUUCAUUUGAGUCCUCAGUCGCACCAGAAAGCGUCCAGAUGUUCCUUUUCACGGAGGCUGGAUUGGCAUCGCAAGCAAAGCCCAUUGGAGGGGAGUCAGUACCCUUAUCGUUAACUAAUGGACCAUCUAGCCUAUUCUUGACGUGAAUAGGUCUUAGACCCGCGCAUCAGGCUUCAACCUCUUCCGAGGAUGCUGAUUGCGAGUAACGACUUUGU